UUACAAGAAUCAGCUGAUAAACGAAAACAAAAUGUCGCGUCAGAGCAUGAGGUCCAAUGACCCAAAGAAAGUUAGUGGAGAAUUGUUUACAUUGACAUAUGGUUCUCUAGUGGCACAGCUUCUCAAAGAUUAUGAGAAUGUUGAUGAUGUUAAUCGCCAGCUAGAGAGAAUGGGAUACAACAUUGGGAUGCGACUCAUUGAGGACUUCUUAGCCAGGGCAAAUCCUGGGAGAUGCUAUGACCUUAGAGAUACAGCAGACAAGAUCCAGCAAGCAUUCAAGCUUUAUCUUGGCGUAUCACCAAGCAUUGGGAGUUGGAGCCCAGGAGGAGAUGAGUUUUCUGUUGUUCUUGAGACAAAUCCUCUAUCUGAGUUUGUUGAACUGCCAGAUCAUUGCCUUGGUCUGCGAUACUCCAAUAUUCUUGCAGGAGUUAUUCGUGGGGCAUGUGAGAUGGUGCAGUUGGAAAUCAUGGCUUGGUUUAUUGCUGACCAGCUUAGGGGGGACAAUGUGACAGAAAUUCGGGUGAAGUUUGUCAAAAGAUUAGAAGAUGCCAUUCCUGCUGGUGAAGAUUAGUAUCAUAAAAGUGGUCUGUAAAAAGGAUUUUAAGGUACAUAACUCUUUAAAAUCCUUUGGAAUAAUUGUUUUUAGAAUGAAAGGAUGAUAUAUCUAUAUAAGCUUUCUUCAUAAAGUAUGCAUAAAUUAAGAAUCCCUUGGGGAAAGCUCAUAUAUGUUUGAAAUUUAAUCCAGUUGCAGGGUAGUAUCUGUCAUUUAUUAUUUGUAAUGGGAAAUAAUUUUUUUUCUCUCUCUAAUGUUAGCAAAGGAUUGUCUAUACUGUUGACUUAACCUAACAAUGCUGGAUGGGAUCUUUUCUUGCUGUGAAAAAACAGGUACAUGUGGCAGGUGGCAAGUAUCCAUGCCAUGUGCAGUUAAAAUUUUUGUGUGCAAGACAGUUUUUGUUUGUUUAGCCAUAAGUCUGGAAGUACAGCCUCUCAAAGGUUGGCUUUAAUUCUGUUUUUAGUCUCAUUUCCACAAACAGAAUUGUAGACAGUAAGGAAAGCAUAUAUUUCCCAUGCAUCUAAUUUUUCACUUGAACAGCUGCAUGGCACCCAUUCCAGAAUGGCUUAGGGAAAGCCCAUUAUCAUUGGGUUAAAUACUUUAGUGUAAAGGUUAUGUACUAUAUUCCUGUGAACAAUUACUAAAUAAUAUGGAAAUUAAAAAAA